CCAGUAACCUACAAGUUGAAGGGUAUUAUUAGGAAGCGUCUAGGAAACCAUAUAAAGAGAACGAAUUGGUAACUUGGGAGUGUUUUACUUUUGAAAUUGAAUAACUGAGUAUAGGUUUCUUUUAAUAUCUUUAGGUAAUUUUGGUAAUAAUUUAUGAACAAAGCAGCUUGCUGUUCAGCGAAUUUUUGGCAUUGCAAAAACCAAACAUAUGUCUCAGUCAGCCAACGCAGUAGAGCCUAAACAGAAAAAUGCAAAUCAUUUAAGAGCAGGUGCUUUAGGAGGAUUUAUAUCAAGCGCUGCUCUGCAGCCCUUGGAUCUUUUGAAAACGCGAUUGCAACAAAGUCAACAUUUACCUCUGCCGCAAAUUAUUCAAAAUGUCGUUCGCAAAGAGGGAGGCAUUACGUCUCUAUGGAAAGGAACGUUUCCCUCCAUCCUCAGAUCAACGACUGGGUCAUCAUGCUAUUUUUAUGUUCUCAACUCGUUGCGACGGUAUAACCCACAGAGCAAUUCGUCCAGCUUAAAAAACUCUCAAAAUUUUUGGAUUGGGGGGUUCUCGCGAGCAAUCGUCGGGUUUGUCUUUAUGCCCGUAACUGUCAUUAAAGUCCGCUAUGAAAGUAAUUACUAUUCCUACACUACUAUUGGAUCCUCCAUAAAAAGCAUCUGGAAAAAAGAAGGUAUCGCGGGGUUUUUCCAUGGCUUUGGCGUAACAGCUCUUCGAGAUGCACCUCAUGCUGGAAUUUAUGUUUAUUUUUACGAGCUUUCUAAAGAAACAAUUCACAAUCUUCUUGGGCACUUUCAAGAUACCCCUUCUGGUGCUGUUCCUCAGAACCCAUACAACAAUUCCGUCAAUGUGCUUUCCGGUAUGAUUUCGGGAACCAUAGCCACUGCUAUAACAAAUCCUUUCGAUAUGCUAAAAACCCGUGUCCAGUUGCAACCCGACAUCUAUAAAAACUUUUUCUAUUGUGCCAGACGUGUCUAUAUGAAUGAAGGAUUUUACGGUUUCUUAGAUGGACUCGCCCUCCGAGUUUUACGAAAAUCAGUUUCUUCAACUAUUACCUGGUCUGUUUACGAGUGGGCCAUGCAUCGAAAUGAUACGUAGACUUUUUGAUUCCUUUUUGUUUAUGUCUUGACAUGAAGAUAAUUCCUGUAGAUUUCUCUAUAGACUCAUGGAUUACACCUUUUGAUAUGCAUGUAAUUAUCUUUCUGAAAAAUAAAAUUUGUAUUCAUUCCACGCACUUACUGUUGGAAUAUGGCUGUCCAAGCAAUUCCCUAA